AUGCAUCUCGCGGCGCUCAGCAAAAUAGUGCUCAAGAACUUGGAAUUCCAGCACGACUGGACAAGUCUACAAGAGCACGUCCAAUCAAACCUUCCCAGGUCGCUUCUUUUCGGACUCCCGCCCAAGCGUCUGUAUGUGCAUCCCGACGAGCAAAUCGACAUCAUCAAAGCCGAAAAGCAGCUCAAGGAGCGAAUUCCGCAGGAACCCGAAUUCGAGUGGGUCUUGCCGUUGCAUCUGUCCGAAAAAUGGUCCCCUUGCCAAUUCGCAGCUGUAUUUGAUGCCAUCGAAGCCAUUCCCCCGCCCGGUGCAGCCCAGGAGUCAGUCGGUCUGGACUACGCGGACGCUCCAUGGAGACUCUGGAGAGGCCCAAAGCGAGGGAAACGGAUCCUCCUUGCGACAGUUCAGGAUGACUCGACCGUCACAUACUACUGGAUACAUGAUGGGCUCGUGAAGCCCAGGCAGAACUGA